GACCGAGGCGCUCUGAAGUGCACUCGCCAUAGGGAGUUCACCAUCAAGGAGUAAACAUGUUUCUGCAAAGACUGAUGGUCUAUUUGUCGACAGCAUGCAUGUUUUGCUAUAUGAUAGGAAUCAAUCUCCUAAUCUUGAUUAUGCAAUAUAUUUCACCAAGUCUCACCAAGACGAUAAUCCUCAAAAUGGGUGAGAAGACCACCAUGACUCAGAAUCCCAACUUUAAAUAUGAAGAUUGGGGUCAGACGUUUGCCUCUGUAAGCUUCUUUAAAACCGUCUCUCACCACCUGUGGCUGUCUCUCGGACAAGAGGCGUUUUGGGGAGGAGACGCUCCGGACACGACAGUGUUCAACAUGGAGGGAAAGAAAACAAGUGUUUACAAGUACAUGAAAGACACCAGGCCGCUGGUGUUGAGUUUUGGAAGUUGCACCUGACCCCCGUUUAUGUACAAACUUGAGGAGUUCAAGCAACUCGUCAAGGACUUCAGCGAUGUUGCAGACUUUCUUGUGAUCUACAUCGCCGAGGCGCAUGCAACAGACGGUUGGGCCUUUACCAACAACUUUGACAUCGACCAACACCAGAGCCUGGAGGACAGGCUGUCUGCAGCACAGAUCUUGGUUCAAAAGGAGCCCCAGUGUCCCGUGGUUGUGGAUGAAAUGAAUAAUGUCUCCGCCAUAAAGUAUGGUGCUCUGCCUGAAAGGCUUUAUGUGCUGCAGGCCGGGAAAGUUGUCUACAAGGGGGGCAGGGGGCCUAUGGGCUACCAUCCUAUGGAGGUACGUUUGUUACUAGAGAAAAUAAAAUAAGGUUGAUUCAAGUCAAGACAUGUAUUAGCCAUCCGACCAGUCUGAUGUACUGCAUGUAGGUGUGUGUGUGUGUCUCUUUGUUCAGCAUGGGAUGGGGUUGUCAUCAUCAAAACCAACCCCUCCAAACUUGUACUAAUAAUUGCUUGCGGGCUUUCCUGUACUUAAAAACUGUCAGUCUCUAAACUUGAGCUUGCCUCUCAGUGUUUCUUAAUGAUGGCUGCAGUUUAAACUGUUGGCUUCUGUAGCCCGAUAAAGUGAGACACAGAGAGACACUCUAGGCAAGAGUUUGUGUUUGAGGUAUGGUGUACAGUAGAUGUCCUUUAUAUUUUCUUAAUUCCAAAGUUUAAAAGACUUAAAGAUUUAAAUGUCCCAUAUUAAAAAAAUGUCUUUUUUUGUCAUUAUAAGACAGGUUAAGGUGCUAUAUUAAUACUGUGAAAGUAUCAAUGCUCACUCCAAGGUGAAAUGCACACAGCCUGUAUUCAGAAACGGGGCCUUGAAACAGAUUUCACUGAGCUUGUAUCUUAUUAGACGAUGUGACAAAUAAAAUUGAUUGGCUGAUUGCUCCAAGGUAAUUCAGAGAAGACUGCUUUUUACAUGAUGAUUACAGUGCAAACCUCUGGUAACUGUUAUUUGAUGAAUUACUCAAAGGAAGACUUUCUUUGAAUUAUGUAGGAGCAUUUGUGAUUAGACACAUUCAAUGUAAAAUAACCAUCUGUAUUUCUUUUGAAUGUUGCAUUGUAGUAUAAUAAAGAAUAACCUGGGGAGACUCUGGUUUAAAUUUCCCAAUU